UCCAGAGGUGCCCAUUCAUGUCACAUUAGCAAAGCUGUUCUGAAGCUGGAAGAAAAUGGCACACCACUGCUUUGCCCUUGUUCUCGGACUGUUGGGGUGUCUUCUUCUCUCUGAGUGUGCAGUUUUUCUUAAUCAGGAAAAGGCAAGUUCUAUCUUGCACCGAUAUAGAAGGUACAAUUCUGGAGGUUUGGAAGAGUUUCGUCAAGGGAAUCUUGAACGAGAGUGCAUGGAAGAAAGAUGCAAUUAUGAAGAAGCUCGAGAAGUCUUUGAAGACGACGUUCAAACGGCGGCAUUUUGGAAGACAUAUUUUGGUACUUGCUCAACAAGCAAUGGAGGUUGCGAACAGCUUUGUAGAAAUGACCCAUCAGGACAGGCAGCUUGUUCCUGCGCUGAGGGAUACAAGCUUCUAGAAGACCAGAAGUCCUGUGAACCAUCAGGGCCCUUUUCUUGUGGAAGGGUUACAUUACCAGAGCCCAUAAAACCCAGAGUCAGUCCUUCACAGAACCUGAGCUGCAUCAACAGUACCGAAGGCCACCAAGCACAGAUAAACACUGCUCAGAUGACCCUCGCAAAAACAAUUCCUAAUCGAGACUGGCGCCAUUUUAAUAGCAGGAAAGGACAGGUUCCAUGGCAGGUUUAUAUGUUCAGCUUUGAGCGGAAAGGAUUCUGCGAAGGGGUGCUGAUUAGUGAUAAAUGGGCCAUCACAGCAGCACAUUGUCUUGAGUAUAAACCUCACACCAUUGUGGCAGGAGAAUAUGACACCAACUCUUUCGAACACUCUGAACAGCUCCGACGAAUACGGAGGGCGGUCCAGCAUCCUAACUACAACAAUGCUAGCAAGUAUGAAAAUGACAUUGCUCUUCUGGAGCUAGAUAGGCCGUUGACCCUGAGCAAAUACAUCAUCCCAAUUUGCGUUGGGAACAAGGCACUCACUGAACACCUCCUGGAACACGGAACAAGCAGCGUGAGUGGCUGGUGGAAGCUUGACUAUUUACAGAAGACAGCAAAUAUCCUUCAACAAGCAGACAUCCAAUAUGUUGACCAGGAACAAUGUCUGCAGAAUACCGAGGACCAUCUUUGGCUUAAUACGUUCUGUGCAGGCCACCCUAACUUUGUUAAGAGGGUCUAUUACGGAAACAGCGGAGCCCCAUUUGUCACAGCCGUUAACAACACUUGGUUUCUAACAGGCAUCGCCACUUGUGGAGUGCAGUGUACUGGGGACAAGCCAUAUGAUAUCUUCACUUCAAUAGCAAAUAAUAUUGAGUGGAUAGAAGGUGUGAUAGGGGAGCAACAUAAGGAAGGUACAUAACAACGUCUAUCAAGUCCCCACUGAUCAUGUGAGGGAGGAGAGAGCUCUGAUUCCUAAUUUCUUUCUCACUUUCAUCUAAUUAAAGUACACACACAAUUGAUUGUGCUUCAUUGGGGGGGGGGCAGAGGGGAAUCAUGGGCACUGAAAUAGGACCUGAUUUGCACAGCGAUGAGCUGGAAGCCUAUUAAAAAGUAGAGGUAGCAGAGCCCAGUGGGAAUAGCCUUCGGCUUGGAGAAUUGAGACCAAUUUUUAGUCCCGUCAUUAUGAGUCCAUCCAAAACUCACAACAGUAUCAGUUUUCUAAGCACUUCUUAUUUACCUCACUGGAUUACUAUGAAGGUAAAACACAGGAUUGAAAAAAGAUGGUGGAAAAUUAGCAUGAGAAAUGUGUUGAAAUGCAAUCGGUACCUGUAUUAUUAUGAAAUAUAAUGAAAACAGAAAUUGCAACAUAAAAAAGCACCAAAGGAAAUGUUCUUAUUGUUUUAAUAAUGUCAAAUCAUUUUAAAAUAAAGAUUUCAUAUAUGCUUGCAAGGAC